CGGAAGCCCUCACGCGCGCUGUGUGUUCUUUCCCUUCUUCUCUUACAGAAGAUGGGCAGCGAUUGAAAGAAGCCUUGUAUGAGCUCACCAUGGAGACCUCAAUGCCUGUCGUGUUUGUUCACCAAAACCAAGUAGGAGGUCAUGAGCAAACUUUGAAGGCACACAAGGAAGGAACACUUAAAAAGAUGCUUGAAGUGAACGGGCAAGCAGAAGGACAUUCUUAUGACUACGAUCUGAUUGUUAUUGGAGGGGGCUCGGGCGGACUUGCAGCGUCCAAGGAAGCUGCCAAGCUUGGCAAGAAGGUGUUGGUCCUGGAUUUUGUUGUCCCUACUCCUUUGGGAACUAGAUGGGGUCUUGGAGGAACUUGCGUCAAUGUAGGUUGCAUACCUAAAAAGCUGAUGCACCAGACAGCCUUGCUUGGACAAGCCGUAUCUGAUGCACCCAAGUUUGGAUGGCAGUUGGAUCCGAAAGUAAACCACAGCUGGGAGACCAUGACAGAAGCAGUCCAGAAUUACAUUGGCUCUCUAAACUGGGGUUAUCGGGUAUCCCUCCGAGAUAAUAACGUCACAUACGAGAACGCUUAUGGAGAGUUUGUCGGGCCACACAGGAUUAAGACAACAAAUAACAAAGGGAUAGAGAAGUUUUACACGGCAGAGAGAUUUCUGAUAGCCACUGGAGAAAGGCCCCGUUAUCCAGACAUCCCUGGAGACAAGAAAUAUUGCAUCACCAGUGAUGACCUCUUCUCCUUGCAUUACUGCCCGGGAAAGACAUUGGUGGUUGGAGCUUCCUACGUUGCCCUUGAGUGUGCAGGAUUUCUUGCAGGCCUUGGUUUAGAUGUGACUGUGAUGGUGCGCUCCAUUCUCCUCAGAGGCUUUGAUCAGGAUAUGGCAAACAAAAUAGGGGAGCACAUGGAAGAACAUGGUAUCAAGUUCAUUAAGAAAUGUGUGCCCACAAAGAUUGAACAGAUCGAGGAGGGAAUGCCUGGGACACUAAAAGUCACAGCUCGUUAUACAGAGAAGCCUGAAAUUAUUGAAGAAGAAUACAACACAGUGUUGCUGGCCAUAGGAAGGGAUUCAUGCACAAGAAAAAUUGGCUUGGAGAGAAUUGGAGUGAAGAUCAAUGAGAAAACAGGAAAAAUCCCUGUCAAUGAUGAAGAACAAACGAAUGUACCUUAUAUCUAUGCCAUCGGUGAUGUAUUGGAAGGCAAGCCGGAACUCACACCGGUGGCGAUUCAAGCGGGUAGGCUGUUGGUACGGAGGCUUUAUGGCGGAUCGGCUGUAAAGUGUGACUAUGUGAAUGUUCCAACCACAGUAUUCACCCCACUGGAAUAUGGAGCCUGUGGUUACUCAGAAGAAAAAGCCAUAGAGAAAUUUGGAGAUGACAACAUUGAGGUUUAUCACAGUUAUUUCUGGCCACUGGAAUGGACUCUCCCAGCCCGAGAUAACAAUAAAUGCUAUGCAAAAAUCAUUUGCCAUAUUCCAGAGAAGGAACGCGUUAUUGGUUUUCAUGUGCUUGGUCCAAGUGCUGGAGAAAUCACCCAAGGAUUUGCAGCAGCCAUAAAAUGUGGAAUGACAAAAGAAGUGUUGGACAGCACAAUAGGAAUUCAUCCAGUCUGUGCAGAGGUAUUUACCAGCUUGUCGGUGACAAAGCGCUCUGGUGGAAAUAUUCUUCAGUCUGGCUGCUGAGGUUAAGCCCCCCCACUGUUGUCGUUGCCAAAGACUGGCUUUCAUCACCAUUGCUGAUUUGUCAGGGGCAGAAGGAUGUGGCUAGAAGCAAAUCCUUGAGAGGUUACAUGAGCUUUCCUCAUCCACCUGUCCCAGUAAGCGGGGCAAACCAAGCCUGUUAGAAACUGUCAAGUUACUAUUGGUGAUUGAAUGGCAACCCGACGCAACAGUGGGAUCUAAAACUGUCAAGAUGCUGCUCGGCAUGGCAUUUCCAAGAUGCUUCCAUGAAGUCACAGUCUAAAACCAGCAUUUUCUGGUAGGCAGUGACCGAAAGAUUGCUGGCACAGCUUGACGUUAACUCUUUCUCUUCCUGAAUUGAAGAGCUUCCUCAGACUCUUGUUUUAUUAUCGCUUCCUCAGAUUGUGACCAUGGAAUCUCCAAGGAAUGAAGCAGGUAGCACCAUAUCUGCUCACCCCUUCUGCAGGCACACAUUCUCUCUCCCGAUUUGAAGAGAUCAAGGGCUGGUUGUGCUCAGUAGAUGAUUCUAAGAAGCAAAAUGCUGUCACUUCAUCUACCUGUUUCUAGUUUUCCCAGAGCAAUGCACCACUCUGGACUCCCAGAAUCAAAUUAUAAGUAUUAGGUCACUCAUUUUUAGAAACAACGUCUUACAAUCACAGUAAUGACGGCUACAUUCUGUCACACUGCAAGUGACAUUCCCCCUUCAGUACUGCUAGCUCUAUGUGGAUUAUUUAUAACCAUGUUUUGGGAUAUUCUUUCAAUGUUUUCAUGAAUGCCAACCCAGUUGUUCAUCAUUUUUCCCCAUAUUUAAUGAAAACAAGAGUAAAAUAUUUUUGAGUGCACUGAAAGUUAGCAUGAUCUCUUAAAAUGCGCUGCAACAAGUCUCUUCCUCCCCCCUGCCCCUGUUCUGACAGCACCCUUCUUUGCCUGUGGUUUGGUGGGAAGUGUUUUGUAGAAUGGCAGGUACCUUUACUUCAAGAUAACUAUGUGGUUAGCAUGAAAAACAGCCAUCCACAGUCUAUCGUUCCAUGUAUAGUCUGGGAUAAACUCAAACUCAAGUAUCGUGUGUAAUGAGGGAUAGCUGUGUUAGUCUGUCUGUAGCAGUAGAAAAGUGCAAGAGUCCAGUAGUGCCUAAAAGAUACCACGUUUCUGGUAGGGUAUGAGCUUUCAUGAGUCACGUUCAUUUCUUCAGAUAACAACAGUAAUUCGGUUCAAGAGUUCAGUUGUUGACUCAGGAUUGAGUCCUUCUAUAACCUGCCUACAGAGAGUCUCACUAUAUGAGACGCCUCAGUGCGUGUUCGUCAAGUAUAGGGAGACGCAAUGUUAGCCAAGAAGCCUAGUUUAAAAAAACAGAGCUGGAGGAGAUCGCUCCUCCGAGGGUUUGUUAAUCUUAUCUUUGCCUCCCCAGAGGCUCUGUCAGUGUCACCUCUCCUGUCUAAAACUGUGGGAUCGCAACCAGAGGAAAGCGAGGAAUGAAAAUGGGCUGGAGCUGCCUUCAAGAGCCAAGCUUCAACCUGGAGAGGUUAUAAUGGGCUGAAAUUUCCCUUCUGGCAUUUCACAGUCCCUUCACAUAGCUCCAGUGUAUACCAAAGUCUUUGGCCUACUACCAGCUCUGUCUUUUUAAACUACCCUUUCCGGCUAACAUUGCGUAUCCUGACAUGUGUUCUUCACGUGUCAUAUGUCUCAUGUAGAGAGAUUCAGAGAAAGAAUGCUUUCUGAAGUACCCCAAUGAAAAGGGCAGCUGUCACAGCUACACGGCUGCAGAGACUUUUAGGACUGGCUCCUUUUGAUUUACUAUGUGCUUUUAGAGGAGUGGAAAAACUGCUGCCACCCCAAAUUGAAAGCAGCGCUUUUGCUUGGCAGCAGUAAUAGUUGUAAUUUGUGAACCAAAUGGAGAUGUCCGCAAACAAAAAGUCAUGUCCUGCCUUUUGUUAAGACCAUCCAAAAGUGCACAGUUGUGCAAGCUUUUGCGUUCUCUAGAACUGAUGGCCAUACAAGGGUCAGUUGACUUCAGUGGGUGCAGAUUGUGUUUAGCUGAUAGCAAAUUGCAUCCUCAGCAUGCUGGGAAGAAGCAGCAGCAAAAAAUGAAAGCCAUUCAAUUGAAAAUAUAACAAUUGACAUCCAGCCUGAUUAGGAGCUCUUGAAAACUCAAAAACUUGCACCUUAGGAGGAUAAGGACAAACUGUGCCUAUUAAGAUUUAUGAAUUUAAUUGGUUUAUUAAGGGCAAUCUUAGUAGUCACACUUAACCAAAUAAAGCACAUGACGACAUGUUAUUAUCUCACCUAAUGUGGUCAGUAUGGGAACCCUGAGAGUCUAUUUGGUGGCCUCAGUAGCAGAGAACGAAGGCAGAUCUAGACUCCCUCAACUGGGAUGAAGGAAGGAAGCAGAGUGCCUCUGGUGGCAACUGUUCUGCUUGGGGGCAAGAAGAACAGCAAGGUGCAUCUCUGUUUUUCCAUCCCCAGUUUGCUCUAAGUGGGUCGAAGCAGCCACCUUUAUAAAGAAAUAGUCACUCUAAGUGUGGCUGGGACAAAAGGCCAGUUACAAAAUCUUACUUUUGUUACAACUUGCAAGUCAUCAGCAAAAGUUUAGCAAAGUUCCACAAUUGUAAUGGUUCAUUGGCAUGUCUGUCCUCUUGUGCUCUACCUUUGCAUGUUCCUUAACAAGCAGGUUUUGGGUUUUGAUCAUGCAGAGAGGCUCCCAAGUGAACUGACGUAUAAACCUUGGCCAGUUUGUACUUCAUGAUUAGCAAAUCUCUUGCUCAACCAUCUCGCCUCCAGUCCUGCCUAUAGCCAAGUAUCGUGAUACAGAGAGACUAGCCAUUUUUUCCAGACUUGCUGGGGGUGGGGGCAAUUUGGCCCAAAACCUUGUACUUGUUCUGGGCAUCCAGCUGUUGUAAUGAAUAUCAUGGAAGUGCAAAGUUCCAAAAACUUUACUGUUAUUAUUAUAUGGUUCCAAUAGACAUUUGCAAUAAUCCAGCUAGGGAGCACACAUGCAUGGAAGCUGUUUUCUGCCCUCAUAGCCCUAGCUGAAUAAGCAGUCGUCGUGAACACAAAAGGGUGCUGUGCAAACAGUUUAUUGUUCAGUCCAAUUCAAUUGCUAGUCCUACAAGCACUAAUAAUUUUGAUCAAAGGUCUAGAUGGGAAGUGUGGACUGGAUGUCAUUCUUCCUAGUUCCUUUUCCCCUCCUUCAAACAACUGAUUGGUGCUAUUGCUGAUUUAGUGGACCAGGGUUACAACUAAAGUGCAAAGACAACAUUUUUAAACCAGACACUAAUAUUACAAAGGACAAAAGUUAUCUCAGUCAUCUUCAGUUAAUAAAACAUAUGCAUGUCUCUUUCUUCAAGAAGUAGGAUUUUAUAUCCCCUUUCAGUAGGAGACAGCUUGACAGUAGCAGACAUGGAGCAAGGAUGUAUACAUCAUUGAUUAGGUACAAAUCCUAACCCACUUAGCAAUUGUAGAUAAUGGACAACUUCAUUCUGCCAAGAACAUGUCUCGCCUUCCCAGUAACUGGUCAAUUUUACUGAGUCACAGAUUUUGCAGAUCUAGUAGCAAAUUUAUGUAGUUAUUAAAUAGUUGCAUAUAUGUA